AUGUCCGAAUCGUCCUUCCAACCCGGCUUGCCAGUCGCCAACCCGACGCGUUCAUACUGGCAAACGCAGCCAUCAAAGAUAUCUGAUCUGAGAUCAACAGAAACUUUGCCGUCCAAAUCCAAAUAUGUUAUCGUUGGUUCAGGCGUUACUGGCGCAAUGAUUGCUCAUAAACUUCUUCUAGCAGAGCCGUCCGCCUCGAUUGUUAUGCUUGAAGCUCGGCAAACCUGCAGUGGUGCCACUGGCCGCAACGGAGGGCAUUGCAGACUCGGAAACUUCAUCAGAUUCGAAGAAGACAUAGAGAAGUUUGGGGAGGCUACUGCCUGUAUGGUGCAAAAACUAGAAGAAGCAAAUGUACAGAACAUGAAGACGCUCGUCGAAGAGCUGAAAAUUGAUUGCGAUUGGCGGCAAAGGACUUCAUCAGAGAUCUAUACAUGCCCAGUGGUUUGGAGCACAGUCAUAUCCGCUCUUAAAUAUCGAGAUGAAUAUGCAUCAAAGACUGGGAUAACGUUCUCGGAGAAAUACGAAAUCUGGAGCGCGGGGGAGACAAAAGAGCGUCUUCUAGUGGCCGAUAGUCUCGGGUCAAUCCAUUUCAAAUCGUACACUCUACACCCGUACAGACUCGUCUGCGCACUCCUCGAGAUUUGCCUAGAAAAGGGGCUAAAUCUGCAAAGCAAUACCCCAGUAAUGAAGGUGCUUGCCAAGACUGGAGCGGGAGGUGAUAACGAAUCUGCUUGGAUUGUGCAGACGAAUCGAGGAGAUAUUGAAGCCGAAAAGGUGAUUUUGGCAACAAACGCGUACACAGGAAUGCUGUACCCACCGGUUGCAAAGUUUGUGGUACCAACUCGAGGUCAAAUGGCUGCGGUUCGCCCCGGCACUAAGAUUGACCGUAAUCCAGUACUAGAGAGGGUUUCUUGCCUUGUGAACAGUUCAAGCUUCCAAUAUUGGCAGAGCAGGCCAGACGGAACACUUGGCGAGGGCGACCUGCUCAUCGGAGGCGGUCGAUCGAUGGGAACGGCAGGAGAACACUGGACGCUUGAUGAUUCAACCAUCCACCCAAAUAUAUCCAAACAUUUGAAAAAUUCUAUGCCAGAAACAUUUUACGGCAGGGAGGUAUGGGGAGAUAAUGGUGAGGUCGUAGAGGAGUGGACUGGCAUCAUGGGCUAUACGGUCGACAAACAGCCUAUCGUUGGAGAAGACCCAGGAGAAAAGGGGUUGUGGAUCUGUGCGGGCUUCAACGGCCAUGGCAUGGCUCUAACCUUGGAGGCGGCGGAAGCUCUGGUGCAGCAGAUGAGGGGGCGUCAAGAGGAAGUCGACAAAUGGCUUCCCAGCUGCUAUAAGAUAGAAAGGAUAUUUAACAAGAGCUCGGAAACAGCCAAAAGCGAGGUGGGUGCAGCCGAUGCAGCCGAUGUAGAUUGGACACCCGUAGACACUUGA